CCGUGAUGAGCCCUACGCAGUCUCGUUGAUGCCUUUUGCGCCGCUGCAUCUGUCACUUCUGUGGGGAUUUUUCACCGUGUUUUCUGACCCACGCCGCUCGUGCACCUUUUACAAAUCGCGCAUCAUCCAAACAGGCGACAUGACAGAAGCGGAGGUGGCGGAGAACCAGCCCCAGAGCAGCGCGCACUCGGACGUCCACAGUGAGGACGCGUUCGAUCCCACGUAUCGAGAGAAGGAAGGGCCCAAGCCGCCGCUCAACAUCGUGUGGAAAAACGUGAUUCUCAUGGGGCUGCUGCAUCUGGGCGCGCUCUACGGCGUCUUCCUGAUCCCCUCCGCGUCCCUGAACACCCUGCUCUGGACCCUCCUGUGCUACAUCAUCAGUGCUUUGGGGAUCACGGCUGGAGCUCAUCGUCUCUGGAGUCACAGGUCGUACAAAGCGUCGCUCCCUCUGAGGAUCUUCCUCGGAGUCGCCAACUCCAUGGCUUUUCAGAACGACAUCUUCGAGUGGGCGCGCGAUCACCGGGUCCACCACAAAUACUCCGAGUCGGACGCAGAUCCUCACAACGCCAAACGCGGCUUUUUCUUCGCUCACAUCGGAUGGCUCCUCGUCCGGAAACAUCCCGACGUCAUCGAGAAGGGAGGCAAGCUGCAGCUGCAGGACCUGACCUCUGACCCCGUCGUGCGCUUUCAGAGGAAGAACUACAAGCUGUCCGUGGUGCUCAUGUGCUUCCUCGUGCCCACCCUGGUGCCGUGGUACUUUUGGGGCGAGUCUCUGUGGGUGUCGUACUUUGUCCCGUCUCUCCUGCGGUACACGGUGGUCCUGAACGCCACGUGGCUCGUGAACAGCGCCGCUCACAUGUGGGGCAACAGACCCUACGACAAGAACAUCAACCCCCGAGAGAACAAGUUUGUGGCCUUCAGCGCCAUCGGCGAGGGUUUCCAUAACUACCACCACACGUUCCCGUACGACUACGCCUCCAGCGAGUUCGGCUGCAAAGUCAACCUCACCACCUGCUUCAUAGACACCAUGUGCUGGUUGGGCCUGGCCUCGGACCGCAAACGCGUGACCCGGGACCUCAUCCACUCCAGAAUACAGCGCACCGGAGACGGGACGCACCGUGGCUGAGAGACUCCCCUCGCGGCGGCCAUUUUGGAGAGGGCGUUAAAACAAAAACACAAAAUAAUGUUGAUAGUUUUCAUAGGGCAUCGUGCGGCGUCAGGCGGAGGUCAAAUUUCCAUGGCAACACUUAGCGGGCAAUGCUAACCGCUAGCAUUAGCUAUAGCUGAAGCUACUUAAAUUAGACUCAAGUUAGGCUUGUUUUAGCAUUGCAGUGCUAAUGUUUCACACUCAUUUUCAACACUAAGGAAAGUGAAAACAAACAAUUUUUUGGGAUGAUAGAAUGUACUUUUCAACAUUAAUUAAAAGUUUUUAAGUUAAUGUUUCCAUGUUAUCUUAUGCUAGUUAGUUUAUCGAUCAACACUGGUCUGAAAAUAUUCAGGAAGUGGACAGUUUUGCUUAUUUUAAAGAGUGUCCCGUUUAGCGCUAGUUUUAGUAUUAAAUAUUUACAUUAUUUUAACAUAAUCUGACUCUAAAGAACGUACAUUUGGCACAAGUGAGCUGAUUUGUGUCGAUAAACAAGUUCUGCUCACAAAAACAUUAAAAUAACAAGCUAGCGUUAGCCAACUGUAGUCUAUUAGUGUUAGCCAACUGUCGCUCCUUUAAACUAAUCACACAUUAGCCUUUUAUUUUGAAAAAGAAAUACCUUAAAAUGGGAAAAAGUGACAUACGGAUCACAGAUUUGCAAAAUGUGUAGUUUUUUCACCCAGUUUUAGUUUGAUUUUGAUACGCUAAAACGGUCUGGCGUAACGUGUUGCCAUGGUAACUGACACUCAUGCGAUGAAACUGAAAACUGUCAGUUGUUUUAACAGCUAAAAUAUUUUUCAUAAUCCCGCGGAGAGAGGAAUAAACCGCUUAACUCCUCCAGUGUUUUUUUUUUUUUUUUUUCAUUUAAAAUUUUGACCCCAUUUUGCUUGUUUUUGUGUUUUUGUGUUUUGUUUUUUUUGUAGCCGUAACUCGAGAAAUCAUUUUGACGUGCGAGAGAAGCGUAAAACCGCAAAAAGUCGUCGGCCGAUUGCGUUAACUGUACGAUAUGAUGCAAAGACGUUUUAGAUUUUGAAGUAAUUUUAACUUUUCAUCUUCUGCAGUUUCGCUCUUUUUUGGUGUGCAAUUUUUUUCACGUAGCCAAACAUGUUCUGUAAGUGUUAUAUUCAACUAAUAUUCAGAUUUAAGAGGACGAAACGUGGAGAUACAAACGGACGAAGCAGGAUUUCGAAAACGAUCACAGACUGUUGCCUUCAGGGCCCCCUUCAAACCUGGGAAAUUACACAAUCCACAGUAGAUUUUUUUUUUUUUUGUCCCAAACUUUAAAUAAACACAGAUUUUUCUCAACAAUAUUAUUCCAUACAUGAACACUACAUUAAAGUGUCUAAUUAUAACAACAUUUUUAUUGUAUGUGAACCAGGAAGUAAGGCUUAUACGCUGUUAGCAUGCUAGCAUUUUAGUGUAGUAGUAGUAGUAGUAGUAGUAGUACAUGCAGUAGUUUUGUAUAGAGCCAAUGUGGACCAAAUAUAUUUAAAAAGCCUUAUUUAUUUAUCUCUGAAUAAGCAGAUAUUCCACAUGCAGAAGUUUUGGAAUUCACUGUUGAUGAAAACACGAAAUAGUAAAAAAAUAUAUAUAUAUAUAUUUCAGUUAAAGUUUCAUUAAAAUGAAACUUUAACUAUAAAAACCUAAGAGCCCGGGCAUUUGGGCCACAUGUGUCUUAAUGGGAGAUGGAUUGAAACGCCCGGUUUGAAGGGGGCGUUUGACACUCACAGUUUACAGAGAGUUUUUACAAAGACGAGUUUAAAUCGCUGGCUUUAAAAUAAAAAAAUAAAAAAUAAAAUUAAUAUAACGGCACAUAAUUUAUCAGAAAAAAAGGGAAUCCAGACCCGGCCCCAAACAGUCGACUGAAAAAAAACACGACGGCGUCAAAAAGGCACAACUUUACGUAACGUCUCAUUUAUAUCAGCGUUUAGUUUAAGAUGGAGUGAAUUUUACCAUCGCAAAAAGUUACAAUAUGGAACUUUUCUGGUGAGGCGUCUUCCGCUUCCACCUGCCUGUUUCCAUGGAGAUAUUUUGCCUGGAAUAACCCACAGUAUGGCAUUAAACAUAUUUUAAACAUCAUAAACUUACAGGCAUUUCAGGGCUAAAUGAUACAGUUUAACCGGGAGCAGGCUCGCCUCUGCACAGAUCUGACCUGGAGUAGCGCAGAGGUGUCACCUGCUGCUUUGAGGUCUCCAUGGAGGCGUAAUGCUAGACUCUGGAACAUUCCAGGUAAAGCAAUAGCAUACGUAUUGGACGUAUUGUACGAUUUAAACGUUUUUUGAGCACAGGUUUGACGGACGGCGUUGCUAAGCGCUCGCACCGCUGGUUUAGCAGGGAGCGGGCGCUUAGCAACGGAAGGGGCGGUACUUAACUUUACCCAACAGCCUCGCUCCUGAUUGGCUGUUUGGUUGCUAUGAUACUCCUUGUUGUUGCUGUUUGGUCACAAAAUGUGGUUAAAAUCGUAGAAAAAAAUACUGCCAUCCACGCGCGACAAUUUUGUAAUAAAAACGUUUGCUAAAUUUGGAGCUAAAAUGUGUCGUUUUAAAUCUAUUUUUGAAACGUGGCGGUUUUGGCGGUUUUGGCGGUGGUCUGGGUCCCUUUGACGUUCUGCCGAUACGACAUGGAGUGUUUUGAAAACGUGUUUAAAUGUGAGAAUUAUUUAUGUUGUUUUGUUAUUUAUUGUUUAUUCAAAUGGCCUCUGAUUGCUGCAUCAACGAUUGGCUAAUUUGAACAAGUUGAAAUUCCAAGUAAGAAAAGAAGACACGCCCCCUCCGUGUGGGACCAAUGGGAGCGGAGAUCGGCCGAUAUGAGGUUUUUCACGCCAGAAAACCGAUAUCGAUAAACAGAAAUCUUUAUGCCGUCGGUUCCAUUACAUCAUUUUUACGGUCAACUUUAGGAAACAAAAAUAAGAAGAAUAAGUAUUUAAAAUUUACCAUUUGGUUGAAAAAUGUUGAAAAAAUACCAAAUUUUGAGUCUUAUUUUUGUCAAAUAUUUUAAGUAGAUUUGGAAUUUGUUUUUCAAAAUCAAGACACUUAAAGAAUUCACAUUUGAGAGAAGAUUUUGAUAUGAACGGAUAAACUAAUAACAUGUUUGUCGAGGGUUAAGCUGCAGGCUGAGCAGCUUUUACGUAGACUAAGACCCCACGGAGACACCGGGAGGGCAUCUGACACACAGGGACACUACAGAACAUAUCCUGACGUGAGACGCCAUUGGUCCUCGUUGAAAGUGGGCGUGUCUUCUCCUGUUCUUUCUCCCGUUGUCAGGAUCUAUACCUAAUGCCUUAUCCGAGCACGUUUCUCACCGUUAAAGGAGCCGUAGCAUCAACGCGUAGAGACUGUCAAUCAAAACACAAGACGCAAAACGCAACGCAACUUCUACGACCAGAGGUGGGCGGAGCAGAGCGGGUUUACUGAAGCGUCGCUAAUCACGCUGCCGAGUGACUAUGCUAGCCAUAGCUAACACUUCAGAAACACUGCAAUCACAGACUGUAUAUGGAAAUGGACGUAGCUAACCUGCUAACCGCCGCGUCACGAACAGGAAGUGAUCACGAGCGCACUUUUAUUUCACUACUGUGUCUGUAAAUCAAGAUAUGAACAUUAAAAACAGACAAAUCAGGUCCUUCUGUCCCCGACGUCGCUCCUGUUAGCGUUAGCAACAGGUUUGAUUGACCGUUUUGCUAAUCGCCCAUUUCCUGCUAAACCAGCGUUGUGGGCGAGAAGGGGCGUUACCUUCGACAGCCUCGCUCCAGAUUGGCUCUUUGGUUGCUAGGAUACCCGCGGUCAGAAUUCUAAAUGUGGAAUUCGGCUUCAGAUUAGCCGCUAUAGCCGCUAGCCUCGAUGAGCUUCAUUUGGAGCUGAACGCCGCGGGUGACGUCGCACUCGGUCCAUUUCUUUACACAGGCUGUGAUUGUAAAUACAUAAAUAAAAUAAAAUAAAAUCGUAAUAAUAAUAAUAAUAAUAAUUGCUGCACUGCGUAACAUUUCUAGUGGGAUUUACGUCACCUGCUGGUCUCCAUGGCAGCGUGGAUGUAUGGCUGAAAUGUUCCACAGUAUGAACAUGCAUGCCUACGGCGAGCGGCCUCGUCUCUCCGUAGAUCUGAUGCAUAAACUGGACCUGGAGGAGCCAAACGCUCGUCUCCGUGGAUACGUGUUUAAUGUCAUACUGUGGAACAUUCCAGGUAAAGCGAUACGGAAAACACCAGCCAUUUUUUAGCGGUGACGUCGCCUGAAAGAUAAAAAUACAUAAAAUAAACUCCUGUGAUGAUAUUUUAAAGUUUUUGUCACUUUCGGAUCCAGUUGUAACGGAGCAGACACGUUCCAGAGUAGAUUCCUGAAGGUCGUGUGAAAGUCGACUGUCCUGCUGCUAAAACUGCGGUUAUUUGUCUGAAGUAAACGUUUCUGCGUUCUCCUCACCUCUGAUUAUAUUUAAAGUUCAAAAUACAAAAUACUGUGGAAAUAAACGUGCCAACAGAAGUCCAGAAUAACACAAACGGUUCAGACUUUAGCCGGCGGUGCUUGUGUCUGGAGCGCCGUCUGAAGCUAAGCUAACGUUAGCAUCCCACCCAAACUGGAUCGAGAGGUUGUCAUUCUGAAUGAACUGUUUUCUGUUAUAAAUAAAGUUACACAAUAUUUUCAAAA